AUGCCGGAUGUCCGGCACCAGCGCCUAUCGCGAAUAUUGAGAUAUGGGAAGAAAACUGGACGCGAUCUACAGCGUCCUAAACUUGGAAAAAAAGAUCAUUUGAGACAACAUGAAGAAACCACUAUUACACCAAAAAACCCCACCGGAGGAACCUCAGAAAACCCCACUGAAGGAACCCCAAAAGGCCCCACUGAGAGGACUCCGAAACAUCCCACUGAAAAGACCCCAGAGAAUCCCACUAAAGCGAACACAGAAAAACCUACCACUGAGGCUUCUACGAAUUCUGUCACAAAUAAGCAAACAGAACCACCAGCAGAGACGACAACAGAAACACCGAAUGUCGUUAACGAAAAAACUACCACGGUGAAAGAUACAAAUGAAAAAAUUGCUAGGACCUCGAUGGCAAAAACUAACGUCCAGUAUCCACUACCGCGUGUACAAAACCAUAUGUCGAAUUAUCAUACGUACCAGAAAAGGGACAUAGUGGACGAGUGUCCAAGAAAUCAAGUGAGAUUGGGAAAUAUUUGUAUAUGGGUGCCACCGCGAUAUUUACGAACACGCAUCGACAAGCAGCAAAAGACAUUGAGAAAACAUUUAAUUGUUAUUGUACAAGAGUAGCUUUCAUUUCUGUUGCUGGGAAUGUUGUAUAUUUACACUGCCGCGGAAUGGAAUGGAAGCAAAUUGUAGUGCCUUAUGAGUGCAGGUCGUAAAGUGCGUUUCCACUGGCAAGGCGAGACGAGACGUAGCGAAAUGAGGAAUAAAAUUUAAAUUCUCUCCUAGCACAUCUUCGGUAGAAAAGGUCUGGAUUGACGAGGAUAUGCGAGGCGAGAAUUGAAAUAUUUGUUGAUGAAAUAUUAAACCAAAUUGCUGCCUGAAUAGGGUAUUUAUUAACUCAGCAACGGAAACUCGCGAUGGCUAUUAAAGUCGUCACCAAAUAAGAGGCCAAAUUUGACACUUGUCAUCGUGACGCGUAUAGGGAUGUGGACUAAUCAUAUCGGUAAUCACAUUAUA